AUGUCCGAUACGAAGAAGAGACCGCACCCAGAGGAUGCGGAGCAGUCUAUAUCCAAGAAACGGGCUGUCAGUGGCGAUCGUAGUCCCAGUCAGGCCAAUGGAGUUGCACCUCACCCCGACGAACCAAAAGAUGGCGACAAUUUGGAGAUUUUCCGGAAAGAUGCAAUAUACAGGAGGAUGAAGCACUAUGCUCGUGAACACGAGAGGAGUGAGGCAAGAAUCGUCGAAUUGGAGCGACGUCGAAAUACCUGCGAGGCAGGUUUGGCAGCAUUGGAAGCGUGCUGGGCUCAGAUUGUCGAUACGAUUCGCCUCUUAUUGAAACCUGAUGACAUACCGCCCUCAGCAGUCAAGGCAGAAGAGCUAUUCGACCUAAGUUAUCACAUUUCUGACGAUUCCGAUCCCGAGUACGCAGAUGCAUUGCGUAACAAGAUGCAUGCGACCAAAGACCUUGUCAAUACGUUUAUACGUUUGGGUGGGCAAGCCCUAGAAACCAAGGAAGAUGUAUAUCGCAAAUGCUGUAUGGCCCAGAGUGAAUGUAUAUCUUUACGCUCUGAACUGUCUCUCACGCGAGUCAAGCUGAGAGAUAUCGAAGUUGAGCGAGACAGAUAUCGAGAAGACUUAGCUACAACCGAGAGACGCUGGGAUCGUCUUCAGAGCAACACCGUGGCGGCCAUCCAGGGUCGUCCAGUUAAGAAUGAGACGAAAACUGAAUCCCCAGAGCCCAUUCCAGAGCCUCCAGCAGUGAGUGGUUUGGUCAACUGGUGGGAGUUUCGAGCGUUUCUGAUUUGGGUGGCCGUCCUGACUUCACCACAGCAUACGCCUUCUGUUCCCAGCGAGUCGGGUUAUAUGGAGAUUGAUAGUUUACAGCAAAUCGCGGAUAUACGUGCACAACGAAUCAGCAAGUUGGAACAAGAGAACAACGUUCUUCUCAACGAGAUUGAAAAGUUCAAACUCGAUCUACGUAACAUUCCAGAGUCUGUUAUAACGGGGUCCGCGUACUGGAAGGUUGUUAUGGAUCAGGCCUCGAAAGACAGGGAGAUUAUCACUGUGCUGCAGGACGAGAGGAACAAGCUUAACCAGGAGCUUGACCAUAUGCGGGCUAGUCGAGAAGACUUUGAGAAAUCUAUGACUGCUGCGUUGGAAAAAGUCACUCAGGAGUACAAGGCGAUGUUUGCGAAGAAAAAUGAUGAGAAUUUGCGUCUUCGUGAGCUGCGAGAUCAGCAAGCUGCUGAACUAGCUGAGCGCAAGCACAAGGAACAUGUCAAGCUCGGCUCCAUCAAUGAGUACAAGAACCUGGAACGUGUCAAAGUUCUCCAGUCGGAGACCAUUAGAUUGAGGACUAGACUUGCGGCGAACAUUGGCGAUGAAGACCUGAUGGCAUUUCUCUUCAAGGACAAAUCUGAGACGCUUCAAGAUUAUGUCAAUGAUUUGAAAGCUAAGCUUGACUCCGCCAACACUCGUUUAGAGGGCUUAGAAGCUUCUCUCUCUCCGCUGCAGAAAGAGCAUCCCAACAUCGCACAACAUAUCCAGUCUGAGGCGGACGUUAGAGAACGUCUGAUCCAUGUUCAGCGAGAAUUGGAUAAGUAUCGGGCUACAUAUGGCGAGUCUUCGACUGUUCUUCCUCCGGAUGUUGGCGAACUAUCCCAACGUUUACAACGAAAGGACGGCGAGAUCCGGGAAUUGCGUCUCCAAUUGAGACAACGUGAUGAGAGCGAGAAAUCACUGUAUGCAGAAAUGGAUAAAUUGUCUGCCGCUUGGGAACAGCUUGAUCGCCAGGUCAAAAGCAAGGUCUAUGACUUGAGCGCGAUGGAGGAGCGUCUUACCAAAGUCAUUCAAGAUAGGGCAAAGGUCGAAAGCAAAUAUUUUGCUGCGAUGCGCGAUAGAGAUGCGGCCGAAAAUGAAAGGAAAAACCUUGUUCGCAAUAUCGAGAAGCAAGCAAAAGUCAUCGAGAAGCUCGUUGAAAGUGAAAAGAGCCUGAGUGAACGAGUCAGCGUCAUGGACAUAGAAUCGAUUGUGCGUAGGAAAAAGAUCGAGAAACAGCAGGAUGUCAUCAACACGCUGGAGCAAGAGGUGCAUACCGCUCAGAAUCGUGCUACCGGCGAUCGAAAACGCGCUGAUAUUUCAUAUGCUCAAGUCAAGGAGAUCGUAGAUGCUCGAACGAAAGCGGAAGCUGAACUGAGAAGUCGCGAAGAGCAGACAGCGCUGCUGCACAAAGAAGCUGAACGGCAUGUUGCGAAGACGAAAGCGAUGUCACAGAACCAUAGCGCGAGCGCGACCACAAGAGAAGCCCAACUGCAAAGUGAAGUUGAUAAAUGCAUGAGUAUUCUCAAGUGUUCAACGUGCCGCCAGAAUAUGCGCAACACAGUGAUCACCAAAUGCAUGCAUUGUGGGAUCUCAUCUUAA